AUGGCUGUCACAACUGGUUCUGGAGGAGCAGAUGAGUCUGGCUCUAAAUUACCGAAACAGAAGUCUAGCAUUGAAGCUUCUGAAGGGAACAACUUUGACAUUAGAAACCAAGUGGAACAACAUUUUCAGGAACGAAUGACACCUACAGAAGCUGUAAGUGCUCCUGCUUUCAACAACAUGUCCGAAAUACAAAAGUCUGUAGUGAUACCAUCAAUUCAAAAGGCAUCAUCAGAUCAGCCUAAUUUUUUCUCAUCCAAGCGAAUAAAUUCCUGCAUUAUAUCCUCCCAGAGAACUCGCGCUAUUUGUUCUCUCAUAAUUGCUUCUCUGGUGCUUACAUCUUACAUUGAUUAUCCACUACUUGGAAUUAACAUAGUGAGCUCGGAGAGCAUAAUAGCCUCUAGGCCUCUUUACAUAAUCCUGCUAACGGAUGUAACAAUUGUGCUUUCCCGACUGUUUCGUGAAAGGGGGAAUCAUGGCACUGAGGAUUCAACGGUACCUAAGGUAGAUGGAGAUAACUGGGUGGGAGCAGUUAAGCUCUUGGAGAGAGGUUUGGCUACGUAUCAGGCCAUUCGCGGCAUCUUCAUUGACUGCAGUAGGUAUUUCUAUCCUAAUCCGAUCCAGAUAAAGGGACUUCCUCUUCUUUCUGUCAGAGCCAUGCUAAAGGGAGCUGCCUGUGGGGAGGCUUGA